UUCCUAUAGUGUAACUACAUCUUUUUAUUUUCAAGUCUAGUAAAAUGGGUCUAAAGUCUGUGUUGUGUGCUAAGAUAGAAAUGAAAGCUAAUAAGGAUGUGUUUCAUGAUGUCUUUACAAAUAAACCACACCAUGUCUCUACUAUGUGCCCUUUGCAUGUACAAGGUUGUGAGCUUCUUGAGGGUGUCUUUGGAACGGUUGGAUCCAAAAUUUGUUGGACAUAUAUUCUUGAAGGGGAAAAGAGGAUCUCGAAGCAGGUAGUUGAAACUGUAGAUCACGAAACAAAAGUGCUCACAUUCAAAGAAUUUGAAGGAGAUAUAGUGAAUAAAUAUGACAAUUUUAAGGCAACUCUUCAUAUCGAAACAAAAGACGAAAUCGAUUUGGUAAGUUGGACAAUGGAGUAUGAAAGGCCAAAUGAGAAUGUCCCUGAACUAGUAAAUUUGUUGGACUUCGUUGUUGGUAUGACCAAAGGUAUUGAUGACCAUCAUGUCAAGAUGAAUUAAUAGGAUCAUAUAUGCAUAUGUGUGUGAGCUCUACACUAAUUUGUUUCUUGUUUGAGAGUAUGGUAAAAAAUAAUCCAUGUUGGUAUCUUUGGUGAUUUGAUGUUUGUUUCUGUAAUUGAUACUUUAUCAACUAUGUAAUUUGUGUGUUGUGUAAUAAGACACGGGUGUGAAGUUUAUAUAUUAA